AUGUCUGUACAUUUUGGAUGUGACAGUUCUCUAGUAUUGUCUGUACAUGUUGGAAGUGACAGUUCUCUAGUUAUGUCUGUACAUGUUGGAUGUGACAGUUCUCUAGUUAUGUCUGUACCUGAUGGAUGUGACAGUUCUCUAGUUAUGCCUGCACAUGAUGGAUGUGACAGUUCUCUAGUUAUGUCUGUACCUGAUGGAUGUGACAGUUCUCUAGUUAUGUCUGCACAUGAUGGAUGUGACAGUUCUCUAGUUAUGUCUGUACAUGUUGGAUGUGACAGUUCUCUAGUUAUGUCUGUACAUGAUGAAUGUGACAUUAUGUCUGUACAUGAUGGAUGUGACAGUUCUCUAGUUAUGUCUGUACAUGUUGGAUGUGACAGUUCUCUAGUUAUGUCUGUACAUGAUGGAUGUGACAGUUCUCUAGUUAUGUCUGUACAUGUUGGAUGUGACAGUUCUCUAGUUAUGUCUGUACAUGAUGGAUGUGACAGUUCUCUAGUUAUGUCUGUACAUGAUGGAUGUGACAGUUCUCUAGUUAUGUCUGUACAUGAUGGAUGUGAAAGUUCUCUAGUUAUGUCUGUACCUGAUGGAUGUGAAAGUUCUCUAGUUAUGUCUGUACAUGAUGGAUGUGACAGUUCUCUAGUUAUGUCUGUACCUGAUGGAUGUGAAAGUUCUCUAGUUAUGUCUGUACAUGAUGGAUGUGACAGUUCUCUAGUUAUGUCUGUACAUGUUGGAUGUGACAGUUCUCUAGUUAUGUCUGUACAUGAUGGAUGUGACAGUUCUCUAGUUAUGUCUGUACACGAUGGAUGUGACAGUUCUCUAGUUAUGUCUGUACACGAUGGAUGUGACAGUUCUCUAGUUAUGUCUGUACAUGUUGGAUGUGACAGUUCUCUAGUUAUGUCUGUACAUGAUGGAUGUGACAGUUCUCUAGUUAUGUCUGUACACAAUGGAUGUGACAGUUCUCUAGUUAUGUCUGUACCUGAUGGAUGUGACAGUUCUCUAGUUAUGUCUGUACCUGAUGGAUGUGACAGUUCUCUAGUUAUGUCUGUACCUGAUGGAUGUGACAGUUCUCUAGUUAUGUCUGUACCUGAUGGAUGUGACAGUUCUCUAGUUAUGUCUGUACACAAUGGAUGUGACAGUUCUCUAGUUAUGUCUGUACCUGAUGGAUGUGACAGUUCUCUAGUUAUGUCUGUACAUGAUGGAUGUGACAGUUCUCUAGUUAUGUCUGUACAUGAUGGAUGUGACAGUUCUCUAGUUAUGUCUGUACACGAUGGAUGUGACAGUUCUCUAGUUAUGUCUGUACAUGUUGGAUGUGACAGUUCUCUAGUUAUGUCUGUACAUGUUGGAUGUGACAGUUCUCUAGUUAUGUCUGUACAUGUUGGAUGUCAGGACUGGAUUGGUCACUAA